GUAUAAGUUCGCAGACAUAUCACUGUGCCACUGUGGAGCUGCAUGCGAAGGACCAGACAUCACAUCUAUUAGGUGAUUAAAAAAUCACCCGCGUCAUGGCGCUACUAGGUCAUUUGAGUUUUGAAAAUGGAAAAAGAAAUAUCGCAUCCUGAUGAAGCUCGUCCCAGUGAGGACGUUCCCCAAUCUUCAUUAAGUGAUGACUUCGUUUUAUCAUCUCGUGAAAGUCGUACACCUUGUGAUACUCAAACAUCAGCAACUGCUACAACUAUUCUUACAAAAGCAGAAAUUGAUUGGUUAUACGAUCACUGCGAUGAAUAUUAUAUUGACGGGAAUGAGAAAGCUGAAAGUAAUCACAGACAUUCUUUAUCUGAAUGUGCUGCUACAACAAAUUCCACAGACCUGGAUAAGUCUUGUCAGGAUAAUUCAGCCGUUGCUAGAGAAAAAGCUAGAAGAGCUUCAACUGAAAGUUUAAAAGCAGCAGGUAGAAAACUGCGGAAGAUAAGUCGAGAGUUUCAUUUCAAAUUCAACCAAGACGCGACUGACGAGACGUAAGGAAAAAUCGAAUCUACGCAUGCCGAUGGAAAGGAAAAUAUCAAAAUGAUGUUUUAAAAAUAUAUGAUCAAAGUAUUUUCUGUCGAAUAAGUUAUAGCCAAGUUUUAUUAUAUUUUUCUUUUUCGGCGCAGAUAGCCUAGUUGCUUUGCGCCAAUAUACGCCAAACAACCAAACAUUUCUUUUUUAUUUUUGUCACUCUCAUUUCUUUCUGCAGUGCCAUCAUACUUGGGUUGGACAGUCGUAAUUGUAUGUGCAAGAUUGAUAUGAACAAUGUAUACUCAAUUAAUCUUGUUUCAGUUAAGAUCCUGUGAAAUAUUAAAAAAAGAGAGAUAAAUAUAAACACCAGAGUCUAGUCAUCAUCGUUCAGAGUUACAUUUCUUUAUAUAUUGAAAAUAACUAUUAUUUUAAUUAUUUGUGUCGAACGCGACCCAGUGGUUGGUGUAUCGAACUGUGGAUCCGAGGCUCCGUGGUGACGAGUGAAGAGUGAAUCCCAUAAUUCGAUUAGAGGAACCUACCAGUUGGCGGUGAAUGGUGGUAACUAGCUGUCUUCCUUUUAGCCGAGCACUUCAAAAUUAGCAACGAAUAUCGCAAAUAGUCCUCGAGUUGCUUUGAGUGAAAUUCGCCAAAACAACAAGAAUAUCUUAAUUACCAAAUUUGGUUUGAUAACAACAACAUUCUAAUUAUCCAACUUGGUUUGAUGACAACAACAUCUUAAUUAUCGUGUUUGGUGUGUUACUAAAACAAAUUGUGUUAGUCCUCGAUGUGUUACCAAAUAAUUCAUAAUCUUGACUACAGACCCAGUUUGCCAUAUAAACAAAAAUAAAGAAGACUUCAGGGUUUUAACUUUUGACCAAAAAUGUGUUUUGGUGGUGCUAUUCAUCUUUGUUCAUUAUAAAGGAGAGGUACAAAAGUAAACUGUAAAACCUCUGUUUUAUACAUACUUGCCUUUAAAUUUUCAAGAAGUUAAGCCUAGCGAUUUGAAGAUGAAAUAUAUUUCAAUAGUUACAAAUAUUUCU